GGCCACAGAAUUGUUACUCAGGGACAGACAGAAUUGUUACUGAGGGCCACAGAAUUGUUACUGAGGGCCACAGAACUCACGUUGUUACUCAGGGACACAGAAUUGUUACUGGGGGACACAGAAUUGUUACUGAGGGCCACAGAACUGUUACUUAGGGCCACAGAAUUGUUACUCAGGGACACAGAAUUGUUACUCAGGGCCACACAGAAUUGUUACUCAGGGACCACAGAAUUGUUACUCAGGGCCACAGAAUUGUUACUGAGG